ACACUAAAGCACACACACCGAGCACCCACUGGCAGAAAUGUAGAUCGGCGCCUAUGGCACUUAUUUUCAUGGAUGUUUUUGCAAAGAGAAGGUUUGGGAAAGAGUGAGUCAAGCCGCACUUCCACCUGGAUGAAGCUAUACCUCCACAGAGGGAGGAGUCCCGCCUGCUCGCUGGCCUCUCAAGCUGCACACUCGCCUGCGAGGAGGAAGGAGACAGUCAGUGGAGCGGCGUAGUCUUCGACCUCAUCACGAUACGGAGCAGCGGAGCAGCUCUAUGUGAACCCGAGCGGUCGGACAUCGUUGAGCUCAGCGUCCCUUCUCACCGCAACAUAUCAAUUCGUUUUUUUUUCUUUGUCGUGAGAAAAGAAAACGUUUGAUGGCAAAUUGGAAGCUUCGGAGGCGCUUUGUGGCUCGAGGAGGAGCUAGCUAACGUUAGCUCGCUAACAAGUUGCUGGCAUGCUGUAUAACUGGCUGCCAAAGACCUCUUGAUGGAUCCCAGAAAACAACAAAGGAACAACUCAAUCUGUGAGCACAGCCAAUAACGAGGGAAUCGGACCCGAAGCGUGUCAUCUGACUGACUACGGUGCAUGUGGCCUCUUAAGUCGUUCAUCUGCUAGGCAGCUCAAGGGCCUACUGCUAUGCACUAUAAACUGGGAGACGUGAGCGGUGGGGAUGCUGGGAGGUGCAGGCUCCUUUGCAGUACGACAGUCUCCCUAGUAAUAGGACUUCUGAUAGCAAUGGCUCAGGGUACUGCAUCGGAACAGCAAAAUGCACAGGUGGAGAUGUUCACAAUUCAACUGGAGGCUUCAAUGCAGUCAUCUAUACUCUCUGAGCUCCAGUCUGCUGCUUUAGCCUUUGAGCCAUCGGUGAAGAAUGGGGGAGUACAGGCUGGCAUCCCUGAUUCUUCAGCGAUUGUGGGCCAGGUGUUUCAGAUGAGGAUUCCACUGGUAUCUGACAAUGCAAGCUAUAAUCUCCAUCUUACUGAGAUGGGGCAGCCAGCAUUACCAUCAUGGCUCUAUUGGGACAAAGAAAAUUGUAUUCUGAGAGGCUUGGCCCUGGAGCAAGAUAAAGGUGUGUAUCAUAUAUCUGUGUCUGGACAAGACAUGAAUGAGAAGACCGGCAGCCAAGAGUCCCCCAGUACAGUCUUCUCCAUUGAAGUAUACCCUGAGGAGCGGGCAGACACUGAACCAUCCCUGCUCGUGCUACAGUCUAAUAUCAGUGGCCUGCAGCCUUUCACUUGUGGCCCUGAGGAGCUUGUCACUGUCCUCACUGUCAUACUGGAUGCUGACUUGACUAAGAUGGUAGCUAAACAGAGGGUCAGUUUACUAACUGUUAUGAGAAAAUUCUCACAUGUCCCCAUUGAGCACAUGAGACUUGUACCUGUUGUGAACAACCGCUUAUUUGACAUGUCUGCUUUUAUGGCGGGACCAGGAAAUGCCAAGAAAGUGGUGGAGAACGGCGUUCUGCUGUCUUGGAAACUCGGAUGUGCCCUUGACCAGGGCAAUAUCCCUGACAUCAGCAUUGUCCAAUUCUCUGCAAAGGAUGGAACAAUGUCAGCCACACUGGCAUAUCCAGUGGUUGGCUGGCACAUUGUCAACAAAAAGCCCCAUGCAGUAAAACGUGUCAAACGACAGUUGUACAACACUCCUACUCCAGUGCCCUCCCUGCUUCCGCCAACUAGUUAUCCAGAGCCACCUCUACGCAUUGUUCCGACCCCAACUUCACCCUCAAUUGCCCCAGCAACAGACCACUCUGCACCUCCUGUACGUGGCCCUUUACCUCUUCCUGUGAAGCCUACAAUGAAAGUUAGAGAUCAGAUUGCACAUACACCUGUUUUGGGUCCCCCCCAACCUACCAGGAUAUUGGGAUCGACAAGCACCAUGCCCAUCCAACCUACAAUGACCAGACCUACAUUUGUGGAAGCCACUGCUUUACCAACACUACCAAGCACCACCAAAAAACCUAAACCAUCUAGCACAAGAAAGCCCAAGAAACCUAAGACGUCAACCCCUGCUCCCAGAGAACCCAAAUCUACCACAGCAAAACCACCUAAACGCACCACUCCUCUCUCCUUGUCUCCAGACUUGAAUCAGAUGCCAGAGAUCCGCAACCCAAUUGAUCAGGUAAAUGCAUGGGUUGGCACAUACUUUGAGCUCAAAAUUCCUCCUGAUACUUUCUUCGACAAAGAGGAUGGUACAACCGACAAGCUGCGUUUGAUUUUGAAGCAACCCUCCAAAGAGGCAGUCAGUGAAACGUCUUGGAUUCAGUUCAACAGCACCAUCCAGCUUUUGUAUGGACUUCCCGAAGAGCAACACAAGGGCAAACACGAGUACUUCAUGCUGGCCACAGAUAAAGGUGGGAAAAGUGUCAUGGAUGCAUUUGAGGUUCAAGUAAACCAUUGGUCUACUAAUGAUAAACCACCAGUUGUUUUUUCCGCCCGUUUCCACGGUGACCCCAAAACAUUAAGCAGUGACAUCCAUAAAAAGAUUAUUUUGACAAAAAAGUUAGCUUACGCGCUUGGUGAUCGAAAUAGCAGCACAGUGACCCUACGAAGCAUCACUAAGGGCUCCAUUGUGAUAGAAUGGUCCAAUAAUAGUCUCCAGCAAAAUCCUUGUCCUAAGGACCAGAUUACGUCUCUCAGCAACAGGAUUGCUGAUCCACAAGGGACACCAAAACCAGCUUUUGUUAAAGCCAUGGAGCCUGAAUUCAAACCCAUUAAUAUCUCCGUACGUGGCACAAACAAAUGUCAAAGCUACACCUUUAUACCACCAGGGGAGGUUCCGCCAAUCCCCGUUCUUCCUACAGCUACACCUUCCCCUGGGACCGGUCGUAGGAGCAGUGAUGAUGUCUACCUGCACACCGUCAUCCCUGCGGUUGUGGUAGCAGCACUCUUAUUAUUUGCAGGUAUCAUCGCCAUGGUCUGUUACCGUAAGAAGCGCAGAGGAAAGAUGACCAUGGAGGAGCAGGCUACCUUCAUCAAAAAGGGAGUUCCCAUAAUAUUUGCAGAUGAGCUGGAUGAUUCCAAGUCCCCUCCGUCCUCCAGCAUCCCGCUUAUCCUUCAGGAGGAAAAGCCACCACUUCCUCCACCAGAGUACCCUAACAUGGCUGGUCCCCACAGUACACUGCUAAACCAGGAUUUGUUGGAAGAGUAUUCUGUUUAUCAGGAUGAUGAUCCCAAUGCGCCUCCUUACCAGCCCCCACCACCUUUUACUGUCCCCAUUGAAGGCAAAGGCUCUCGUCCUAAGAACAUGACCUCCUACAGGUCACCACCCCCCUAUGUUCCUCCCUAACACACACUGAAGCUUUCAGCUUGGAAUUCAGGUGCACUGUAGGGAUGCUUGUGGGAAAACUACUGACUACAGAUGUAACUUUUCAUGGAUUUCAAUGCAGGCGACCAUACGCAUCGUUUGAUCAUCAUGGAUUAGAUAAAUCAACUUUCUCCUACUGGAACAGGCAAAAUAGACGGCGAACAGUUUGUAAUUCCAUUACUCUUCCCUUCUUUUUUUGUUCUUCAGAUCUGCUUUUGACUUUCAAAUGCUUUGUCUGUAUUGCCCAGAAGAAGAGUCAAUUUUAUCUUGAAUGAUGUACUAUUUCUAUUGUAUAGAACAUAAUAGAGGAGAGCCUGAAGCCCACUGGGCCUUUUAGCAGAUGUUACCAUGACAACAGACUUGAGGCUCUCCCUUGCUGUGGUAUUAUUUGAGAGCUGUAUCACUCUUAUCGGUCUGUCAGCUUGGUUUACUAAGAUGUGGUACCUGUUAAUUCUAGAGGGCAGUUUAAUACCAAAAGCCAAACUGAAAGCAUAUUAAUGUAGAAUAAUGAUUUCAUUCUAUGUUUUGUCCUAUAUUUUGCUGCUUCUUAACCGUCACAAACUUCACAUUCAAGUACUUGUUAGGCCACAUUUCACACAGAAUUUACCAUUGAAAUUCAAUUAGAAACAUUUCAAAUUGCAUCGUAAAACUUUUAAUGAAAUAGUUUCUUCACAAGGGACAUUACACUUAUGUCACCUGUUGUUGAUGUAGACUAAUUUAGUUAGAAACAAAAUAUAUAUUUUUAAUUUUUUAUUUUGUGCCACUGAACUUGCCGUUUGAGAUGUUUUGUGUUUUUGCUGUGGUAACUGGUCAGGCAGGCUGCUAUGUCACAAUGAAGGGGCCAGUGGAAUGCUUUUUCAUCACAGUGUGACAAUUGAGCACAUGUAACACUCCUUUUUAAAAAACAAAUAUGGUUUAUAUUGUAUUUCCAUUACCCUCCUAAAAGGGAACUGCACUUGUUUUGGAAUUUUGCCUAUUGCUUACAAUCAUUAUGAGAGACAUGAGUGCCCAAAAAACCCUCUCGAUCACCAUUCAAACACCGCCAACAAUACUCCAUUUACAUUUCGGGACUUGAGUAAUAACCAAGUAUUAAUGAUAUUGUUAUUAUAAGCGCUAAUGCAGAAAAACUAUUUAUAGCAGCGCCGUGAUCACUAGCUUGGGUGGCUAUGUAGACAACUGGUGAGCUCCUUUUUCGCGUUGGAGCUUGUUCUAGUUAUUCUAGUUUAUAAGUAAUGCCUCUCACCUUGAUAAAGGAGGAUAAGGAAAUAAUCCAACAAGUUGGUAGACUUUGACAGCCAAUUUAAACCCAAGUAUGGCGAGAAAGACACGAAAAGAUGCUUGGUUUCAUUCCUCUUUCUUUGCAAGGAUUACGAGUCAUUCUUAAUCUAAACGGGAAUGUAACAAGAUUCUAUCUGCAGCCUAAUGACAGCAGACAUUGUACAUUAAGGGAUGUUUUAUUAUGUUUGUUGGCUCUCAUAAAGUCUGCAGUGAAUAGUAAUCAGUGGUGUUGUUGAAGAAAAAAGCGAACGUUGUGAUGCGUUUUUGAAAUCAAUGUGCCGCUUUUCCUUAUAAUGAGCAAAAUAACGUAAGUAUCACAUCUUAUUAUAAAUGUGCCUGUUUCUACAUGACAUAUAUACUUACAGCACCUUAGUGGAGGUGUCUAGAUGUUUUUAAGGGCUUUAUAGGCAGAAUAGUGCGACUCCCUUUGGCUCCGUUGUAAGCAGACUUUUUAUGGCAUUUACUUACUAGUUAGAAUGCAUAAAAAGAGAAACACCGAUUGCGAUUGUCUUCUCAAAUAACUGUUCAAUAUUCUUGUGUUCAGACAAUUCUUUAGUUUUUUUACACACAAAAACAUGUCAGAACACAAUAAUUUUGAAAUAGAGAAGAACGUGUGCCAGGAUUGUGAAUAGGCAAAAUUAAAAAAAAAAGUGAGGUCCCCUUUAAGUAUGUAUUUUGCACUGAUUGUAUCCAUUGUUUUGUUUUUUCCUUUUAAAAGGAAUAUCCUGCUUUUAAAUCAUCAUGACAUACAUUAAAAAAAUGUUUUUACCAUUUUUGGGCCAAACCAUUGAUCUAAUUUAAGUGUGAUACAGUUGAAAGAAUACAUUACAAAUCAAAUCAGACUUAUUUGGACACAGACAAAAAAUAGAUAUAUUUAGCCUAAUAUAAAUAAACUCAACCUGUCAGUGUCGCAACUUUGCAUUCAGUUGCUAUGCGGACUAGAAGGCCUGCAGGGCCAUGACUUUUCCCCUAGGUAUUGCAUAUAGGGAUGUAAAUAAUUGUGUGCCUGUGAAAUAGAAAAAAGAACAAACUGAAUAAUGUUAGUGUUUUACCAGUCAACCGGUUGGGAACCGAAGGGCCACAAUGUGAAAUGAUUUUAUUUUUUGAUUGUAUGUUUAGAUUUAUAAUCACUAGUGUGCAAGGGUUCAUUCAACGUUUACCUGCCCACUACAAAGAAAUAGCAUCAUCUGAACAUGAUUGCAACAAAUAUGUGAAUUAUGUGCAUUUCAUACCUGAUAUCACCAUUAUAAAAAUGUAAAAAAAAUCUAAUGUUUUUACUGAGUUUUUAUACAGUCUUAAACUUGUUUUAUGAAGGUAUAUUAAUAAAAUGUAUUACUAUUUGUAAAGCCUCAAAAUGGUCUACUGUCCCUCUUUCAGAAGUUGUUUUUUGUGUUAAAGAGAUCAUCACAUAAAUGUACAGUGCGAUAAUGCACUGCAUUCAAUGUUAGACCGUAUGUAUACAAGUCAGACGCUCACUGAACACCUGGAAAAAUUUACAAUAUUGAUAUAUAUACAGCGAUACCUCAAUUUACGAGUUUAAAUGAUUAUAUGACCAAGCUUGUAACUCAAAACACUCGUAUCUCAAAUCAAUGUCGCUCAUAAAAAUGUAUUGAAAUCUAUUUAAAUCUGUGCUUGGUGUGGUAUGGACUGAGAAUGCUGUGCUUGGGCUGCCAACAGGCAGCUCGUAUCUCAAAAACACGUAAUUUAGCCCAUGCUACUCGUAAAUUGAGGUACUGCUAUAUAACAGUAUCUGUCAACAUUUUUUAAUACUCAUGUAACUUUGUCAGUACAAAGAAAUCUGGGGAUAUGAUUAAAAACACUAAA